CCGCCCGCCGCCGCCACCGCUGCCGAAACUCGAUCUCGCCCCGCCGCCCCGGGAGGCGUCUAUUUUCACCGCGCGCCCCGCUCGCCUAUUAAUAGACAUGGCUGAUCUCAUUCUCGAGCCAAUUUGGAACUGGCUGUCGCAGCUAUGGGGCAGUAUGGCCGACCUCGCGGACAGAAUCGACGACCUGAUCUGUAGCUUCGAAGGCGGCGGCGAUACGACCAUGGAUACGGUGGCGAUGCUCAUGUUCGGCUGGAUGAUCUUCGGCCUGUGCGUGCUGGCCAUCGGCAGGUACGUGUACGGCCGCUUCCUGAGCGCGCCGGCCGGCGCCGCGGCCGAUAAGCCGGCGGCCGCCGUCUCCGCCGCAGCUUCCGCCGUCGCCGCGAGCGACGAAGCCAAGGAAGCGCACCCCAAGCCGGUGGUGGUGCCGCCGCGCGCCGCCGCCGUCCCGCCCACGCCGCCCGUCCGCAAGAGGCUGUCCACCAAGAAGGGCUCUGGAGCCGCGUCCGCCGGCCCGCUGCGGCCCUCCGUCGCCCCGCCGCCCAUCGCCACCGGGCCCGACAGUGAGUGUGUGCAGUGGGUGAACGACAUCUUCUACUGGCUCUACACCGACCUCGUCAUCGUCAACGAAAUCCUCAACGUCUGGAUCCACUCGCUCAACGAGUUCUGUAAGAAGUCCGUCGCCGAGCACGGCGUGGGCGUGGAGUUCGUGCGCAUCCUGCCCGAGACGCACGCGCCGACGCUGGCCAACGUCUUCUGCGAGUGCGACUCCAAGGACGACGUGACUGUGACAUGCGACUGUGAGGCGACACCAGCAUUUCAGCUUAAGGCUUUCCGACAAAAGGGAGAAAAAGUAGAAGUCUCCCAUUACAGAGUGAAUGUGAAUCGGUUUCGAGCCAGACUAAAUGUAGUGUGUAUUACAGAAAAGUUACUGGCAGAUGUUAAGUGUGACGGCUGGCCAGAUAUAAAGGUAGCUCUUGCACAAGUUGGCAGCAUAAAGAGCAAUCUUGAUGAACAACAACUGCAGGAUGUGAUCUCUGAGAUUGUUGUAACUGCAUUACGCAGUACUAUGGUGAACCUGAAUCUAAGUGUGUAUCCCACUUGCCCAAGAUUUGUGAGGCAGACAGCUGAGGUUGGACCCAUACUGCCUGUCCACUAUGACAGUCUUAUGGCUUCACAGUAUCCUUCCAAUUUAACAAAGACUGCAGCAGAGAAAAGGCUUCUUAUCAAAAUAAUCAAAGCCACAGGCUUAGGAGCAAAACAAGGAUGCACAGAACCAUAUUGUGUUGUCGAAAUGGAUGAUCCUCCUCAGAAGAAUCAAACUUCUAUCAAGAAAGACACAAACAGUCCAGUUUGGGAUGAGCAUUUCCUAUUCGACCUCAGCCCAAAUACAGCAGAACUGUUGUUUGAAAUCUAUGACAGAGUGAACAAGGGUAAAAAAUUUCUUGGUUUGGGAAUUGUGGGAAUGGAAGAGCUUCUCAUUAAUCCCAGCCAAAGACAAGUUAUAACCCUGCAGUCUCGUCCUUAUGAGAAGGAUGAAGUAUCUGGAACAUUGACAGUUGAGUUCUUGUUCAUUGAAGGACCUGAUAUUCCACUUUUGGGCGACAAACCAUACAAGUUGAAAGAAACACUGAGAACUGUUUCACCAUCAGGUGGUGUAAUAACAACAACAAAAACAGUUUUCUCAAGACCAGAUACACAAGAGAACUUAACAAAUGGUGGUGAAGCUGUCACUGAUUCAGCUCUCAAAGAGCUGGAAAUGAGAAAUCGUACUGGUCCCACUCAAACAAGCAAAAGCACUUUAAUAAUACACAGUGUGCAGAGAGAGCCACAACACAGGCAGCUGGUGAAGGUUGAACAGACUGACACUGGCAGAUGGCAUGAAGUUGCAGAUGAGCAAGGCACAAAGGAAACAGCAGCACUACCACCCUCGGGGCAGGAUGGCAUGCAGACAACCACGCCAACAUCUACCCUCACAGAUGAUAGGGGUAGGAGUAGAAGAAAAAAGAGAGAUUUCUUUGGAACUAUCAAGAGGCGCUUGGGUCGCUCAAAAACACGAUCUAAGUCAGUGGAUCCAGGUGAACGAGAUGAUUCACUGAAUCGUGAUGCAUCAAUAAAUCGAUCUAUAUCAGCAGAUAGGGCUCGAGAUCCAUCUGCUCACUCAACUGGAUAUCUAUCAGUGCCAGGACUGAGGGGUAUCGAUGGAAAUUCUACAAGGUCAAGCCUAAGUGAAGCUUCUGGUGUUAGUGGUGCAUCAACACGAACAUACGUCAAUGAAGCUUCAACGCUUGUGCUUGAAACUAUUGAGAAUGGAGUGAAAAAACAUUACCUUGUGCCACUGUCCAUGGCUCAGAAAAGUAAAUGGAGGAAGAAAGGAACUAAACUUCACAUUUUCAAUGAUCACACAUUCAUAGCAAAGCAUUUACAAGGUGGCACUGUCUGUGAAGUAUGCAAGAAGACUAUUGCACGAAGACUAGGGAAGCAAGGUUAUGAAUGCAGAGACUGCCAGCUGAAGUGUCAUAAGCACUGUCACGUGAAGGUGGAUACCAACUGCACAAGUUCGACAAUUCAGAAUAUUGAACUUGCAUACCUUUCGAGCCCCUACAUGGAUAGGCGGGUCUUCCAACUGAAGAAUGGCUGGAGCUGAAGAUAGAGGAACCUACGCUGCCGUCAUUGUGUCAUGUGCUGGAGUAUUAUAAACAACCAGUACAUCUUGAUAAAUGACUCACUUUUGCACAGCAUUCAUUUAUUAAGAGAAGAACAGUAAUGUCUUAUAAUUAUUUUUCCAGCAUCUGAUAGUGACAAGUACAUGGUGCUAUUCAUAGCUGCAUAAAGACUCUAUUUUGUUAUGUGAAUAAUAACAUGAAAAUGUGCUGGCUUGAAUGAAAUAUUGCUUGUACUGCCUGACAUGCUAUUUUGCCCUUAAAUAUUCACUGAAAGGACUUGAUAACAGUUUUACUGUAUUUUAAUAAAUUGUACACAAAAAUGAAAAGAAAAUAUUGUAUUACUUCCGAAAACUUAUGCUUGAGAAGACAUGGAGUAGGUUAUAUAACAUUGCUUUUGUACACACAAAUUUCUAUAAUGUAACAAAACUAAAGUAAUUAAGAUAUUCAAAUGCUCUUUGUACCUUUUUUGUUUUGAUACUUCAAGUUUAUUUGACAUAGAAAGCAGAAUUUUUGUUAAAAAUGUACCUUUUUAUAGUUUUGAUCAUUAACACAUUUACCAAGAAGCUGCAGGCAACUGAGAGGUAUCCAAAAUGUGGGGUUCCUACUCUUAUAAACAAUGUAAUUAUUUUAAACCAGUUUUGGGAGGGCUUUUAAAAUGUUGUAGUAAAUGCUUAUUUUUAUGUACUUACUAACAUCUAUUCGAAAUGCAGUAUUUGAAACUGCGAACUGCUGAACUGAUGUGUUUGUUCACCACCACCCCACCACCAUCUUCAUUUUAUACAUAAAUGAGAAUGUAACAAUUUGUUCACUCUUGUUUUGUGUUUGUACUCAUUUGCAUCCUCAGCAUCACAUUAAUUUCUCAAGUAAUUUAAAUGUUUUAUUCAUCUUCACACAGAUUUUUAAUUUUAUUUUGUUGUAGCAAUGCAUCAUUGUAAAUAUUACUGAUUUAAAUUUAAUGGAUGAGGAACUCCAUUAAAUUCAAAUUCUUUAAACAGCAAAGAUAACUGCAGCAUAUAUUGCCUACUCAGAGACAUUGAAAUAAAUGUUUGUUGCUUUUAAGUGCACAAUUUAUCUUACCUGCAUGUAUAUAUUGGAACUGUAAACAGUAAGGUAUUAAAUAACAUAUGUGCAGUUAUCUGUGAAUGUCUUGUUUGUAGUGUGGUUCAUUUUUCUCAAACAGUGACCACUAAGCCUUUUAAAUUAUAUGCAGGCAUUUAGGCUUCUUCAGACUCUUGCUGUCCAUUUUGAGAUAAGUUUUCUUCUUCAUUCCAGUGAAACUGAAAUGUCCUGUAGUUUCUAUUUGUGUUCACAUUCCUAAAAUAAAACUCUGUUUAAGAUCUGUUAUACUUAAAUCAGUACCAUUAAACAUCUCUCUUAAAGAACAAAUGCAUCUCUGAAAAAUGUAUUUGAGGGACUACAUUCAUUUUUAAUUACACCAAGUUAUUUGUAAAACUAAGAAGCCAUUUUAAUUUAAUUGUAUAGAUAAAAAAUCUACUCACCAAGCAGCAGUAGAAAACACACAUAAAAAAUUGUUGUAAUUAGGCAAGCUCUCGGAACCACUGGCUCCUUCUUCAGGCAGUGGGGUUGAAGGGGAAGGAUGAAGGGUGAAGGAAAAAGACUGGUCGAGUCCUUCCUUCUCAUCAUGUGCAUUAAAUUGCCUCUGACCUGCAGACCCGGGUGACUUCCUGUAAUCUACCUCUUUUUUCAAGUCAUCUCCAGUCCUUUUCCUUCACCACUCUUCCUUCCCCUUCAACCCACUGCCUGAAGAAGGAGCCACUGGCUCCAAAAGCUUGCCUUAUAACCGUCUUUUAUCUAUCCAACAUAAAUUAUUAUGUCAAGAUUGAUUAUUUUCGUUUUUAUAAGAAGCCAUUAUGUACUUCUGUUUGCUUCACUUUGCUGGAAAUGACUUAAUGUGAUAACCAUAAAGCAAUUAUUUCAAACUGUCUUUUGAAAGUUUUUCAAUUCUAAUGGACGUAGACUACAUACACUGAUUAUCGGAACGUUUACCAGUGCUUGCCUCUUUGGUGUUGGCAGUAAUAUAUAUUUAUAUGAUUUGUAAGGGACCAUGGUACCGUAAAUAAGGUAUUUGCUGAAACCAUGGACUUUCCUGCCACUGACCAGUGCAAAAUGCUUAUGGUGGCUUUGAAAUUUUAAUUUUCCUGUAUUUGUGAAAUAGUAUGUAUCAUAAAUUGUUAUAAAUGCAAGUGUUGCUUUAUGUAUGAUUCUAUUGAGUUUCCAUCAGUUAUUUUGAUGGAAAUAUAUUUUAAUGUGUACAGAUUUAUUAAUGCAAUACAAUUUUAAUAUUAAACUGUUUGCUAAAAA